ACUCAACAGCCAGUGAAGGUGGUGGUGGUCGUGCGCCGCGUGCAGUCAGCUGGCCAGUACCGCGUGUGGUGUCGUAGUGAGAGGUGGUCUAUACCACUGCUCCGUCCUCCCCUCCAACACUAGAAAGAGACAACUUGUGAACUUGAUCUCUCGCCAGCUUGACUCAGUAACGCAGGAGGAGUGAAAGACGAAACUAAAACUCGGUGUUUCAUGCGUGAUUUAUGGUGUUUUAUCGCUAUACACGGGCGGAAUAACGCGGAAAGUUAACGCGAUGUAAUUACCGAUUUUCUCAAACUGUCUGCCGAGUUCCACCAAGGUCGAAGUAGACUUUUGUGAUAUACAGUAGUGUCGCGUAUCCAGAGUGUAAACAAGUGUCGGUAGAGCACGUGAGAGGAGUGACAGCAACAGGAACUGGGAGAAAACUAGCGUCUACCCUUGCUGUUAAGGUCACCCGACUCAAAAUACACAGAAACACGGAAAAACUACAGCCGACCAGUGAUGGCAGCGACCGUGACCAGGAGGUGAAGCUUGAGUAGCCUGUGUCCGUGGCCUCAGAAAUUUACUACUCUGGCAGUGACGAUCCACGGCAAAAAGGGGUCGCCUCCUAGUCAUUAAAUGAAGACAAGGACUUCUACUUGGUAAUCGGCACCCACAGAACCCACCUGGCGGAGAGAAGUACUCCUGCCGGUGAGGAUGGUGGUCCAGGGGCGGGGGAGAGGAGCAAAAUGCUCCCUGGUGUGGGGUGGGUGGUGUUGCUUCCUCUACUCCCCCACACUCGCCCCCUGCCUCCUGCUACUGUCGCUCCUGUGGGCCUCACCCCUGCUGGCUGUUGAACAAGCAGGAGUGGAAAGCCCCUCACCGUCACCUGCGGAAGUUGCGCCUGAAUCCUUACUGCAGGAGCCACGUCAGGGUCAUCCAAUCACCUUCUCGGACGAUGACCUCCCGACAGAUGACUCCAACCCUGACACGUUGGUGAUCCACAAGUGCUGCCCUGAAAGCAAAGUGUUCGAUCACGCCACCAACACGUGUCAGCCCAGCCAAGACCUUACCUUCAGUGUACCAAUAUUCACCGUCGAUUAUUACGGCAUGUAUAUGGAGUCGAACCUCACACGGGACCAGGUGAAGCUACAGACGGAGAUGCUGGGGUGUGAACGUUACCUUCUGGACGUCAUACCUGAUAAAAAACCCGAGUUCGACUUCCGGGUACUGGACACGGGUCAGCUGUGGGUGCCGGAGUACGAGAAGUAUUACGAUCCUUCAAACUACUGCUUGGAGAACUUUGUGGCCAACGCCAGCGUGAAGGGCUCCUCACACAUCCAGGGCGCCAUGGUGUGUGUCCUGGAAACUGAGGUGGAGACUUUCGAUCCUACCAAGAUCCCUGUCAGGAAAUGUUGUAUGCAUAACGAGGUGUACGACACGACGAUCAGUUGUACACUACGUGCUAAUGUGACGGACGCACCCUGGCUUGUGCCCUUCAAGUCGGCGCAGGUGCCCUCUGCUGACGUCCACCUGGUCGACGUCCGCCAGCCGCCUUACUCCCAGACUCACGAGCUGGUGCCCAACUUCCAGACGUGUGUGGGUGACCAGAUGGGGUGGCAGGUAGACGCCUUCCACCUGGAGGAGGAGACAGGUGGACUCUUCGUGCCCCACCUUGACCGCGUCAUACCUGAGAACCAGUACUGUAUUGAGGACUUCCACACCAACGGGACCCUCGUGCCCAUGGCAUACGUGUGCGUCAGUGUGGCGGAGAAGCAGCAUCUACAGCUCCUCCAGACCCCCGGCUGCCAGACUGAGUCCUGUGUACCCAAGUGCUGUCAGCUCGGGGAGAUCAUUGACGCCGCCUCCAGCAAUUGUGUGUCAGCCAGGGAGUUCGUCUUUACUCCCUCCGUCUGGCACGAGAACAACACCCACUCCAUGCUGGCUGGGGCGGACUACGGGUACGGCUUCCCUGAGUGUGAGGUGCAGCUGACGUAUCCUCAGGAGCGUGUCCAGCUGCUAGAGCGAGGUUCACUCCGCUACGUCAGCAACAACACAGACGAAUGCGAACCAGAGCAAGUCUUCACGAUACCCCGGGGAGAAUUCUGCAUAGACCAGGUGUUGUAUUCCACGGGUGAGGUGAAACAGGGAGCCGGGUUCUGCUUCAGUGAAAAAUGGGAUCACCUGGGCAAGAUGGAGAAGCAGCAGGUUAAUUAUAUCUACUCAGCGUUCCUAGCCAUCUCCGAUCUCUUCAUCUUAGUGUCGUUCAUCGUCUACCUCACCGUUCCUGACCAAAACAAAAGAGGACUUAAUAAAAAUGUUAAGUUGGCUCACUCUGUGCUGGGACGUAUUCUCCUCUGUUUCCUGUUUAGUUUGUUCUUCGCUUACCUGUUCCUUAUCAUCAUCAAGCUCUUCUCUGAUCCCAUCAACCUGGCCUGUCCUAGUGCCUGUAUAGGUGUGGGUGUGUGUAUGUAUAUGUUCUUCAUGGCAACCUUCUUCUGGCUCAACGUCCUCUGCUUUGAGCUAUGGUGGAAGUGCGCCAGGCAGGAGAGCUCUAGUGGGCGACGCUGGGUGUGGUACCAAGUGUAUGCUUGGGUCUCUCCUAUGGUGUUCGGGGCCGUCUCCCUCAUGAUGGAGUUUACCCCUUCCAUCAGUAACUGCUACAUCAAGCCCAAGUUUGGUACUUACUCCUGCUUCUUCAGCUAUACCGUCACCCACAACAACGGGGCUAAGUGGGCCUACUUCUUCGGGCCGGUGGCGGUGUUGCUGAUGGCCGACCUGUUGUUCUUCAUCCUGACGGUACGCUCCCUCCUGGUCACCGUCCAGCAGAGUCACAAGGGCACCGUCCAGAAACAGACUAGGCAGCGGCUCAGACUCUGUUUCAAGCUGUUCCUAGUGAUGGGGAUCAGCUGGUUGGCGGAGAUCAUAUCCUUCCAGCUGGGACCCAGUACUGUUUGGUACAUCUCUGACGUCUUCAACUGCUUCCAGGGCUUCAUCAUCUUCCUCAUCUUUAUCCUGAAACCCAAGAUCCUGGAAGCUGUGAGGGCGCGGCUGUGCGGCUGCUGCGGCUCGCCCCCACCAGCCAAGCCCCGCGGACCUACAGUUAUGAGGGGCACAACAGAGGAGGAGAUCGCCACUGGCUCAGACGUCGCCAUCAUCCCUUCCUCCAGGACCAGCCAAGAUGCUUGAUAUCAACACCUUCUGCUACUCUUCUGCUGUAGUGCUUUCAUUUACUGCAGUACCUCCUUCUUCUACUGCUGCGACCCUGCACUACCUACAGCAUCUACAAGAUCUACAACUGUAACCUAUGGGAACAGCAUCGUCAGUACAACACGAAGACAUCUAAUUCUUCACAAGACAUCCAGUUGUGGCACAGAAGGAUGGAACGAUAUAACUGCACACAGGAUUUAGUUAUAAAGAUCAGUUCUCUAAUGCUGUCAGAGUCAGUGUUCUAAGUUUAUAAUAUGAAAGUUCUUCUCUUAUUAGUAAAUCUGUAUACGUUCACCGGUAGCUGGGCACAAGUUAAAGCAACGGCAGCGUCUAUUAGUUAGUUAUUUAGUUACUCCUUAACAGUGAGACCCUCCCUCCCUCUCACCCUCUCUCCCAUAGUCGUGACGAGGCAUAUGAAUCCACUAAGAUCCAUCACUAAUAUCGCCUUUACUACCUAUAAAACUAUACCAAGAGUCGUAAAAUUAUGGUUCCAUAGGUUUAAUUAAGUUACACCGUGAAGCAACACACCCGUUUUCUGUGUUGGUUUACCUAAGUUUUAGCAUAAGUAUAACAUUAAACCCAGAUUAUGA